AUGGAAAAUGUCUUCCGUGAUUACUAUUUCAAGAUUCAGCCAGAAGUCACCAUCAAUGAUCUUGCUGCCCUCAAACAGAGUGAAGAUGAGCCUACCCAAGACUUCAUAACCAGGUUCAGAAAGCUCAAAAUGAAAUGCCGAAUCCCUAUAGAAGAAAGGCACUUCAUCCAAAUGGCUCAACACGCCCUUAAAAUCUCUCUAAGGAAGAGAUUUGUUGGGAUGCUGUUUGGAGACCUGGUGGAGUCAAAAGAAGACACAGAAAGCUCAGAAGAAAAGGAAGUUGCAGUGGCGGAAAUGGCCAAAUUAAAACAUAUCAUCAGUUGCAAGGCUCUGACAAAGCCACCAAAGGACUACAAGCCACCACCAUUCACAGGAGGGUUUGUUCCAAACAAACCAGCACAAAACAAAGUUUAUUCCUUCGACUUAACCAAGGUUGAUGCUCUGUUUGAUGAGAUGCUACUGGAAAAGGCAAUAGAGACACCUCACAGGUUGCCCAAGCCAGAGGAACUCAAGGGCAGACAGUAUUGCAGAUGGCACAACUCUUGGAACCACUCCACCAAUAGUUGUGUUGUGUUCAGGGACGUUAUACAAGAAGGAUUUAACAGCAGGAAGGCUGAAACUGCUGAGAAACCUUCGCGGCCAUACCGGCACCCGCCAAGAAAGACAUGGUGA